AGAGAGCAGUGAAGUGACAUUGUUCUGAACGCUGACAAUGGCCCAAAGACAUUUGAUGUUGUGGAUCUUCACUCUGUGUGCUUCACUGGAUCCCUCAGUUGGUCACAUUCACGAACUACAUGGCAAAAUUUAUGAGAUUGUACGACCAAUCAGAUUACAUGAUCUGCAAAAAAGAGACUUACAGUCAAGACCGGACAGAGUGAAAUAUGCUAUGACGCUGGGUGGUAAAGACUUGGAAAUGCAUCUCCAGAAAAACACUGGCAUGCUGACUAAAGAAUACAGCGAGACCUAUUACACUGAAGAUGGCAUGCUGGUCACAACUACACCGGAGGAUUUGGAUUUAUGCUAUUACCAUGGGAAAAUAUUAAAUGACAGUGACUCUUUGGUGAGCGUGAGCACCUGUGAUGGACUACGAGGCUAUUUCCAAACAGCAGAGCAGAGGUUUCUGAUCGAGCCGUUGUCUGAAGAUAGUGAUGGCGACCAUGCCGUCUUCAAGUAUGAAGAUGUAAAUGAAGCCACGCCAAGGGUGUGUGGAGUCACCAACACAACCUGGGAUGAGAGUGGCGAUGGAGUUCCUCCACGCAUUCUCAAAGCACGCUCUCGUUCCUCAGGGCCAACUUUAUUCCAGCAGCAAAAAUACAAUGAGUUCUUCCUUGUUGCAGACAACAGAGAGUACAAGAAUCUGAACAGCGAUAUCGGGAAGCUGAGAAAGAGGAUAUUUGAGAUCAUCAACUUCAUCAAUAAUGUAUAUAAAGAAAUCAACACCUUUGUUGCUCUGACUGGAUUUGAAGUGUGGACAGAUAGUGAUAAGAUAACAGUGUCUGCGGCUUCCGGAGCAACUUUGGACAGCUUUACCAAGUGGAGAAACAGUGACCUCAUAAAACGGCAGCGGCACGACAAUGCCCAUCUCCUCACUGCAAUUGACCUGGAUGGAGCAACUGUAGGUCUGGCUUACAUUGGAACUCUGUGUGGAGGACUUUCAACUGGGAUUGUUCAGGAUCACAACUCUAUGGCCACAGCAGUGGGGGCAACUAUAGCUCAUGAGAUGGGGCACAAUCUCGGCAUGAACCAUGACAGCAGCUCCUGUGUUUGUUCUGACAGUUCAUGCAUCAUGACAGCUGCUCUCAGCUAUUUCAUCCCUCAACACUUUAGCAGCUGUAGUACUGGUGCCUUUGUAGACUAUCUGAACAACAAAAGCCCAGAAUGCCUUCUAAACAAACCCCAAGCAAGAGAUCUGCUUCAGCCGGCUGUAUGUGGGAAUGGAUUUGUGGAGAUUGGAGAAGAAUGCGACUGUGGAACGGUGCAGGAGUGUAAAAACCCAUGUUGCAAUGCAACCACCUGCAAACUGACUGUAGGCUCACAAUGUGCUGCAGGAGAAUGUUGUGACAACUGUAAGAUCAUGUCAGCCUCACACGUGUGUCGUCCUAAAGUCGAUGACUGUGAUUUACCUGAGUCAUGCACUGGAAAAUCAGCCGAGUGUCCUGAAGAUGUCUUUACAGUCAAUGGAGUCCCUUGCAAGAACGGGAAAGGCUAUUGCUACAAUGGCCAGUGUCCUAUGAAAGAGGAGCAGUGCAUUAAAAUGUGGGGACCAACUUCGGUGGUGGCUCGAGAUUUCUGCUACAACAUAAACACAAGAGCAGAGUACUAUGCUUACUGCAAACGCAAUGGAGAUAAAUAUAUCGGAUGCCAAAAACAAGACAUCAUGUGUGGAAAGCUGUUUUGUGAAAAUGGCAAUGAAAAUCCCAAUUAUGGUCGCUUGGUGACAUUCAACAACUGUAAAGCCACAUUUUACGGCAGUCCUGAAGAGGAUUAUGGCCAAGUCGACAUUGGCACCAAAUGUGGGGAAGGGCUGGUUUGUAACCAGAAUGAGUGUGUUGACCUAGAGACGGCUUAUAAAGCAACAAACUGCUCAAACAAAUGCAAAGGCCACGGGGUUUGUGACCACAGACUGCAAUGCAAAUGUGAACCUGGAUGGUUGCUGCCAGAUUGUGACAAACCAGCAGACAGUGAGGGUUUGUCUAAAGGUGUGAUAAUAGCCAUUUCUGUGAUCGUGACCAUCGUGAUUGUGAUACUUCUAAUUGGACUGACUGUCUUCUUAUGCAAACGCAGAACAAGCACUCCACAUUCAUACAGAAGCCAGCCAAGGCAGCAGAAAGUUCAUGUAGUUGACAUCCCGGAUCUCAGCCAACAGAGACAUACUACGCCAAAUCAGAAGCCAACUCCAGUAAUCAAGCCCUCAGCACCCCCUCCACCUCCACCCUACUCAGUGCACGCUCCACAUAAUGACUUCAUGGCUGCACGACAGGCUCUUAGACCACCUACUCCAAGAGUGUGACAUGGAGCACCUGUGUCCAAAGUGUGACCGGCGGGCGCUAGUGUCACUCCAGACCUUACUGUGAAAAAAAGCCAAAUGCUUAGCACACUGAAAUUCAAUUUACAGUGUGUAAACUAUUAUUGAGUCAAUGAAUGUCAUGCUUGUUUUUAACUGGAACUUUUAUAGAUAUAAUUUUAUUUAUUUGUACAGUCUUUUUUGUGUAAAUGAGCACAAAUUCUGUAUUGUAAUGAUUCUUUUUAUGAUUUGCUGAUCAGUUCUAAAGCAAUACUUUUUUACGGAGACAAAAUUAAAGCUUGAGACUUUACAUUACUUCAGAAAAUUACUACAUCCCAUAGAUUAAAUUCUUUUCUACUUUUGUAUGCUGUGUCAACAAGCAGCUCAAGCAAUACUGUACUUUGUAACAUACUUUUUUAUGAUGCACUUUCAACAGAUAUCUAAUUAUAAAUGCUUAAAACACACAAAAAUGUCUGUGUUGUAUGUAUUAAAACCUGUUUUACCCUGAAUGCAACAUUAAUAUAUAAUAGAAACACGGUGGCCGAGAGAGCUUAACAUGCUGCAAUUUAAGAAAAGAUCUUUAAGGAAAGAUCUUCAUCGGUUUGAAAGCACACAUCUUGCAAAUCCUCACAAUGCAUAAACAU